AGAAGCGAACCGGUCUGGUUCACCAUCGAAACCAACCAGAAAUUGACGGUCCACCCUUUUUCUGACGCGCACAUCACAGUUUACACCGAGCGUAUCAUUCAUAGCAGAAACAGAAAACAGACUUAACAAAAGCUUUCGCCUUUUUUUUCCUAAAUUUAUCCAUAAUUUUGGUUUCCCUUUCCCUUUCAUCUCACAUCCUUUUGAAAAUUCCUCCAAAUCUCAAUCAAUUCUCUAGCCCAGCCCAAAUAACCCUAAUUUUUCUUCAUGGAUUUCUUCAAAUCAGUUUUCGCGGACGAUCCAGAUCCUCCUAAACCUCAACCCAAAUCCGGUUCCCCCAAAGCCGAAGACUCUACCCUCGAUUCCCCUCCUAAACAGCGCGAUCCCAACCCUAAUCCGAACCCCAUCGGAUGGGGCGUCGGCGGUCUGAUCAAAACAAUAGCAACCAGAUCCGAAUCCGUAAUAGAAACCUACCGUCGCGAUCUUAAGGAAUUCGGGUCGGGUCUCAAAAAAGAAAUCGAGGUAGCCCAGGGUUCGUUAGAGAACGUUGGGCAUGCUAUUGAUGAGUUCGGGAACACUGUUUUAAAAGGAACAGCUCAGAUCAUCAAUCAAGGCAAGGAUGCAAUCCUAGCCGUCGAUAACGAAUCCGAUUCGUCUUCCUCGGAAAGCAAUAGCAAAAGUUUUAGUACUCAACGGAGCUUGGACUCGAAAAGGUACAGUCGAUUCGAUGCUCAAGUAAGAACAAUUCAAGGAGAUAUUAGUACUUAUAGUGAAGAGCCAGAGGAUUUGGAGGAUUAUAAGAAGUGGAAAUCAGGGUUCGCUUUGAAAGAGAAGAAAGAAGAUAUUGAGAGACUGAUGGAAGAGAAUGGGGAAAUGGGGAGUAUUUAUAAAAUGGUUGUUGGUGUUUCAAAUGGGGUUGAUCAUGAGACAUUUUGGUGUAGGUACUUUUAUAGGGUUUUUAAGCUUAAGCAAGCUGAGGAUACGAGGGUUAAGCUUGUAAAGAGAGCGAUUUCAAGGGACGAAGAGGACGAGUUGAGUUGGGAUGUUGAUGAUGAUGAUGAUGAUGAUGAGGAGGAGGAGGAGGAGGAGAAAGAGGUGGAUGAGAGAAAUGUUGGGUCGAACGCAAGUUUAAAGAAAGAAGAUAUGGGGAGGAAAGAAAAGGAUGAAAUUGUGGAAGAGAAGGUAGUGAAUUUGGAAUCUAAAGGUGAUUUUCCAGUGAAUAAGGAGCAAGUCGAGAAGGAAAAGGGAAAGAAUCCUUUUGAGGAACUGCAAGUGGAGAGUUAUGAUUCAGAUAAAGAAGGGAAGGGAAAUGCUGACGAAUCAAGUCGUGGCAUUGUGGUAAGUGAGAAAGUUAAUUUGGAGAAGAAUGAGAGGGUAUGCAAGGAAGAUUCAGUGUCUAAAUCUGCUGAGAAAGUAGCUUCUAAAGGGAAAGGUGACAAUGAGGAGUCUAGUAAUGGCAAUGGUAAAGACAGUGACUUUUCUGUGGUGUCAAGCCAUCCAUCAUUGCCUGAGGAGGAGGAUCUUGGGUGGGAUGAAAUUGAGGAUCUCAGCAGCAUUGAUGAUAAGAAAGGGACUCAUGGUGGUAGCCCGAUCUCCAAUAGAGCUUACCUGAAAAAGCGACUAAGUACUGCAGAAGAAGAAGAGGAUUUGAGUUGGGAUAUUGAAGAUGAUGACGAACCGGUUAAAGCUUGAUGAAGAAUGUCAAGUUUCAUCUGAAAUUGUUGAAAUUUAUUACUCAAUAGAAUUUAUUGCAUUCUACUAUUUCUUUUUUUUUUUUAGUUGUAUUCCUUAUAUUUGUCUCCUGCAAGUGUUAUAAAAUGGGGAAGAUUCAUUUUCCUUUUUGUUUGAAAUGCAAAUCUCUUCUAUGUUCAUACUAAAAUUGCUUUUCAUUUAUUUCCAGAUGUUGAAAUGAAACAUGGUUGCAUGAUAGUUUUUAUGCACUUAUUAACCUGGAAGGAUAUUG